CUAGCUACAGUGGACGUUAUCACUCCGAAGAUGGCGGCGUACAGACGUGCUCAGCAGCUCCUGUUGUUGACGCUCGUUUCAUUUUGCAUCUUUUGCAACGUUCGAGGUUUUAAAACACAAAAUAAUGCUAUGGCUAACGUCCCCGUGGACCCACCCAACCCUCCCGGAAUGAAAGCAGCGCCGAGGGAUGUCCCUGUCGCUGCGGCCUCCCAGCCUCGAAGGACGACCGGCUGGAAGCUGGCCGAAGAGGAGGCCUGCCGGGAGGACUUGUCCCGCCUGUGUCCCAAGCACACCUGGACCAACAACCUGGCUGUGCUGGAGUGUCUCCAGGAUCGUAAAGAGGAAAUGGAGCUAGCCGCAGACUGUAACCAUCUUCUGUGGAACUACAAACUCAAUCUCACCAUGGAUCCCAAGUUUGAGUCGGUGGCCACGGAGGUGUGCCGGAGCACCCUCUCAGAGAUCAAAGAGUGCAACGAGGAGGAGCGGGGGAAGGGCUUCCUGGUGUCCUGCUUGGUGGAUCACCGGACCAACAUCAGCGAGUACCAGUGCAACCAGUACAUCACUAAGAUGACCAGCAUCAUCUUCAGUGACUACCGCCUCAUCUGUGGCUUCAUGGACAGGUGCAAAGAGGACAUCAACUCCAUGCACUGCGGCAGUGUCAAUGUAGGACAGAAGGACGUCCAUUCCCAGGGCAAGGUGAUCGGCUGCCUGGAGAAGGCCCUGGUCAGGGAGGCGGAGCAGGAGGUGCAGACCAACCCCAUCAAGGAGGACUGUAAGAAGGCCAUCAUGCGGGUGGCAGAGCUGUCGUCGGACGAUUUCCACCUGGACCGCUACCUCUACUUCUCCUGUCGAGACGACCGCGAGCGCUUCUGUGAGAACACCCAGGCCGGCGAAGGGAAAGUCUACAAGUGUCUCUUCAACCAUAAGUUUGAGGAGGCUAUGUCAGAGAAGUGCCGCGAUGCGCUGACCACACGGCAGAAGCUGAUCGCCCAGGACUACAGGGUCAGCUACUCGCUGGCCAAGGCCUGCAAGGCGGACCUGAGGAAGCAGCACUGCAACCUGGAGAACAACCUGCCACGGGCCCGCGAGGCUCGCCUCUCCUACCUGCUGCUGUGCCUAGAGUCCGCCGUGCACCGCGGGCGUAUGGUGAGCGGAGAGUGCCAGGGAGAGAUGCUGGACUACCGGAGGAUGCUGAUGGAGGACUUCUCCCUAAGCCCCGAGAUCGUGCUCCACUGCCGGGGCGAGAUCGAGACCCACUGCUCCGGGCUGCAUCGCAAAGGGCGCACCCUCCACUGUCUCAUGAAGGUGGGCCGGGGAGACCGGAGCGCCACCGUGGAGAACCUCUGCCAGAACGCUCUCCAGAGCCUGGUGCAGUCCGCCGACCCCGGAGCCGACUACCGCAUCGACCGGGCCCUGAACGAGGCGUGUGAGUCGGUCAUCCAGACCGCCUGCAAACACAUCCGCAGCGGGGACCCUAUGAUUCUGUCGUGUUUGAUGGAACACCUCUACACAGAGAAAAUGGUGGGUGACUGUGAGCACAGGCUUCUGGAGCUCCAGUACUUCAUCUCAAGAGACUGGAAACUGGACCCCAUCCUGUAUUUGAAGUGCGAGGGGGAUGCGGCUCGCCUGUGCCACACGCGCGGCUGGAACGAGACCAGCGAGCUGAUGCCCCCCGGCGCCGUCUUCUCCUGCCUCUACCGCCACGCCUACCGCACCGAGGAGCAAGGCAGACGGCUUGGUCCAGAAAACUAUCUCUCUAGGGACUGCAAGGUGGAGGUGCAGCGGAUUCUCCACCAGAGGGCGCUGGACGUGAAGCUGGAGCCGGAGCUCCAGAGGCGCUGCAUGACGGACCUGGGGAAGUGGUGCAGUGAGAAGACCGACACCGGGCAGGAGCUGGAGUGUCUCCAGGACCACCUGGAGGAUCUGAUGCCUGCCUGCAGGGAGGUGGUGGGCAACCUGACCGAGCUAGAAUCCGAGGACAUCCAGAUUGAUGCUCUGUUAAUCAGAGCCUGUGAGCCUAUCAUCCAAGCCCACUGUCAUGAUGUUGCUGAUAACCAGGUUGAUACUGGCGACCUGAUGGAGUGUCUGGUCCAGAAUAAACACCAAAAGGAAAUGAACGAAAAGUGUGCCGUGGGCGUCACCCACUUCCAAUUGGUGCAGAUGAAAGACUUUCACUUCUCCUACAAGUUCAAGAUGGCCUGCAAAGAGGAUGUCCUCAAGCUGUGCCCCAACAUCAAGAAGAAGGUGGACGUGGUCAUCUGCCUGAGCACCACGGUGAAGAACGACACCCUGCAGGAGGCCAAAGAGCAGCGCGUCGCCCUCAAGUGUCGCAAGCAGCUCCGCGUGGAGGAGCUGGAGAUGUCUGAAGACAUUCGUCUGGAGCCUGAGUUGUACGACUCCUGUAAGAAUGACAUCAGCCAUCUCUGCUCCAAUGUGGCCUUCGGGAACGCCCAGAUGAUUGAGUGUCUGAAGGAGAACAAGAAGCAGCUGACGCCUCGGUGCCACCAGCGGGUCUUCCGGCUGCAGGAGGUGGAGAUGAGCGACCCCGAGCUCGACUACCAACUCAUGAGGGUGUGCAAGCAGAUGAUCAAGAGGUUCUGUACGGAGGCGGAUGCCAGGAAUGUUCUCCAGUGUCUGAAGCAGAAUAAGAACAGCGAGCUGAUGGACCCCAAGUGUAAACAGAUGAUCACCAAGAGACAGAUCACCCAGAACACAGACUACCGGCUGAACCCGGUGCUGCGGAAGGCGUGCCGCGCCGACAUCCCCAAGUUCUGCCAGCCGGUGCUGAACAAGGCCAGCGACGACACGGAGCUGGAGGGACGGGUCAUCAGCUGCCUCAAGCUGAAGUACGCCGACCAGAGGCUGUCUCCUGACUGUGAGGACCAGAUCAGAGUGAUUCUCCAGGAGUCUGCCCUCGACUACAGACUGGACCCACAGCUCCAGAUGCAUUGCACAGACGAGAUCUCCAGGCUGUGUGCCGAGGAGGCGGCGGCCCAGGAGCAGACGGGGCAGGUGGAGGAAUGUCUCAAGGUGAACCUGCUGAAGAUCAGACAGGACGCCUGCAAGAAGGAGGUGCUGAACAUCCUGAAGGAGAGCAAGGCGGACAUCUUCGUGGACCCGGUGCUGCACACGGCGUGCGCCCUGGACCUCAAGCACCACUGUGCGGCCAUCACCCCGGGCCGCGGACGACAGAUGAGUUGUCUAAUGGAGGCGCUGCAGGACAAGAGGGUUCGAUUGCAGCCCGAGUGCAAGAAGAGGCUGCAGGACCGCAUCGACAUGUGGAGCUAUGCUGCAAAGGUGGCGCCAGCAGAGGGUUUCUCUGACCUGGCCAUGCAGGUGAUGACGUCACCCUCAAAGAACUACAUCCUGUUCAUGAUCGCAGCUAGCGUGUGCGUUCUCUUCCUGGUAGGUCUGCUCUGCGGCCGCAUCACCAAGCGUGUCACGCGAGAACUCAAGGACAGGUAGACGGGGGCGUUGGAGUGUCGCUUCCACUCUCCCAGAACCGCCUCUGAUUUUCCCCCCCUCUAUGCCACUGACCCCGCCUCCCGCGCCACCUGUAAGACCAGCCCCGCCCACCAUCUUCUUCGUCCUCCAAUCACAUUGCCCCCCCAUCUUCUCUCCAGGGUCUUUUUUGACUAGCCAAUCAGCACAGUGCCAACGCCCUCAACUGGAGCUCAUUCUGGGUACAUGGGAUCUCUUUGUGUUUCCUGUUCCUCUGCUCUGGGUUCUCUGGCACUCUCACUCUCUCGAUCAUCGUCCCGUCCCGUCCCGUCCCGUCCCUCUCUUGUUUUAACUGCCCAAAGCUUAAGAGGACUAGAAACUGCUGUCUGCUGCUCAACACAGUUAGGUGGGAGUCCUCACUACAAUCUACCCGCACCUUUUUUGUUUCUGCAUUUCAGGGGUUAAUGGUCGGUUUUCCUGAGCCAACGGGCCAAUGGAAUGGUUUUCUUCUUUUCCCAGUGACUGAGGGCUCGCAUAUUCCUUCACGGCAGUUUCAAACCCUAUGAAGAAUGCCUUUGGGCCAGUUGUGAGACAGUUUGCUUGCUUUUAGGAUUCUGCCCGUUCCUAUACUUUAUACGAAUUCUACGGAGCACCCAGUCUCGCCCUCUAGCGGCGUCUAGAACCGUCUUUAAGAUAAGAUCAGAAUGAUAGAAGCGGUAUGUGAUAUCCGUCCCGCUGCCAGCUGAAGUCGGCAGAACCAGAAUGUGCUGUAAAAGUCCAUGUUGAAUCAUUGCACUUUUAUUUUAUUUUAUUUUUUCUCAAAACCUUAUUUAUUAUUUGUGCCCGAUUUUUUAUUUUUUUUGUUGGUGAUCAAGAAAAACUUUUUUAAGUAUGGGAAUUUUCCCUCAUGGCUGAACGUCAUAUGAACUGAAAUGUUUGGCUUUUGUUGUGAAAGGGGAAUAUUUGUGUUCGGGUUACAAGGCAUAUCAGCUGGAAAUGCAAAUCUGAUCGGUAAAAUCAAGAAGUUCACUCAAAAAUAUUAAGCUUUUCCUCAAUUCACUGUCCACCCUUUAACUGCAAUUGUUUAACACAAACAGCAGAUCUGUUUGAAUUAAAACUUCCAUUCAGUUAGCAAACACAUUUUCUCACAUAUCCGGUCAUCUUCUACGUUGUAUUGGAGUGAAGAAAUUAUAAAUAGAUAGAUAAUGCCUCGUAUCCAGCGGCAACACAAGCAUUCACCAACAGCUUUGUUUUUUGUUAUUUCGACGGUGGCCUGUUGUCAACCAGUCUCUGAUUAAAAAUGACGUUAAAUAGUGCAACAUUUCUGUCCAAGACCUGCUGGUAUAUAGACUUACUACUGAGAAACGUGCUACUGAGUUCUGGCUAAACAGCUAAUGUCUGAUCUAAUAUAUUGUUAUUAAAUAUAUUGUUCUCCAAAUAUAUAAUUUAAUACUUAACGUACCAGGGAGCCCGUAAAUGGCGCUCAUAUCGCCGAUGUUCACAUGAGACGGGAUUUCCGCAGAUGUUGAGUAUGUGCGUACUUGUGCCAUUAUUUGUGUAUGUGUGGUGCACACGAAUGACGUGUUUUUGUGUAUGUGUAUGUUUUGGUUGGUGUCUAACAGCAUCAGUCCAAGUGUUUCAGAGGUUGUUUGAAUGGGGAUGACCUCAUAUUAUUUCUCAAAAAGACAACAAUAGUUCAUCGCCCAUCGAAAUGGUUUGAAAAACAUGACAAUGAAAAAUAACUGGAUUCUUUUUUAGCUCAUUUAUUUUAUUUUUUGUAAAAAGAAAUCUGGAUUUUUUUUUGGCCUAAAAAUAAAUGACAUGACCUGUGCUGUGACUAGGUUUGAGUCUCCAUAUUGUAGGAAUGUUACAAGAGCUCAGAAGCCAGAGCGCCAAUGUUUGACUGGCGUACAAAGUCCUCCUGUGUUGGUAGAACAUUGUAUUGUAAUACAGAGAGGCCUCAACUAGAAAAAAACAGCUGAAAUAUUUCUCCACGAGUAAAGACAGUUACUAGUAGGGGUCGAUCGACUGUGCGGACAAAGAUAAAUAUCCUGAAUGACUUAAUGAAUGAGAAAUCAAGCACUAAGUAGUUGAGUUUAUUGUUGUUCUUCUCUCUGUUGCCAAUGCCAUAUAUUUGAGAUCAACUACGGUAUAUAUUUUUCUGUAGUUUUGUAAGGUUCUAAAAAGACUUGCCAAGUGAUUUCUCCUGCUUGAGGUGCCCUAGUGUGUUUGGUGUGUCCACUCUCUUUGAUCAUUAUUUCUUCUCCAGUCCAACAUUGGUCUAUCACAUAAUUACAUAUUUUUAAAUCCAAGACCACUGCUUUGGCUGAAUACUGGAACUGAUUUCAGAACGACAUUAGUUGUCAAUAUUCAGUGACUUUCUUCAAAAGUGUAUCACUCAGUAUGUCAAACAGGUUUGACUAAAUCUAAAGAAUACAGGAAAUCUCAAAUUCCUAGCUUGUGACCCAUAACAGGAUUUACUUUUUCUUUACUUAUUCCAGCCCAAAACCUGUUAGUCAUACUUUGUGAAGGAAAAUGUUCAUGUUCCCUCGAUGAAGUAAACACUUAAUGCUGCUAAGUGUGGGUUCUGAGCUUGCGUCUGGAAUCUUCUAGCUUGCUGCUUUUGGGGGGUGAUGCGGGGGGCAAUGGGUUUUGGGCAAGUAGACGCCUCACCAUAUCACCCAAAGUACUAACAUAGACCUACUUCAAGUUUGAGAGUUUAUUUAAUUGUAUUUUAUUUAUACAGGUUGUAAGUUGGAGAGCAAGACAAAAAUCCUUCCCAGCAGAGACCAGGCCUCGUCAGUUUAACUAAUGUUCACAGGGGAUGCCAAUGGUUAGGCUUCCUCCAUUUUAAUUUUGCUGGCUGGUUGAAUGGUGCCAGUAAAUAAAGUUUUCGUUUUUUUUCUCACAUGCAAAAUUAUUAACAUGCACACAAGGAAAUUCUCAUUAUGAUGAAGACAGAUAUUUCUAAAUGAAUUCUGUGUGAAUUGUAAUGCUGCUGACCAUUUAUAGCGCUUUCAGAUUGACCAUUUAAGGUUGACUUCUGAAAGGGGGAAGAAACAAUUAUUAGGAACGAAGAGCUCAUGUCAGCGCAUGUAACAGAAGUGCUUGGUCUGAGGAAAGCUUACUGUUUGACUGAAACUAACUGAACACUUCAGACUUUUUCCGAAUUCUUUUUUCUUGUCAUGGGAGACACGCGUCUGCUAAAAGUGAGUAGAUGAUUAUGACAUCUUCCUCUGUGUAUAAAGGUUAUGGGUGUGCAAUUUAUUUUGGUUUUGAGAUAAUGCCAUGUAAUAUUGAGGUAACGGAUUUAACAUUGUGAGAUUUAAUUUUGCUGUACAUACAAAAUUUGUGGAUUUAAUAAAAUUGUCUGCAGAUUUUCAUA